AAACAUGGAGACUCUGUUCCAGCUCUUACUCUGCACAGAGAAGUCAGCUUCACUAGAAUAACACAGCCCGGGUUAGUAUUUAGGUGUUUGUUGUGUUUUCAACACCAUGCCGAUGAAUGUAAUCUGUGAAUGGCUAGUUUCCCUUAGGAGACUCUUGUGAAACCUUCCGAUGUGAUAACUGGUCUUUGGGUGCGGCCGGCUGCGGGCUGAUGACCUGUUGGCCCCGUUGGAAGCAGGAACAAAGAAACUCAACAGGAAAAGCAGCACUUAUUGUCUCCAUUUCUUCAUCUGCUCCUUAUGGUCCUUAAAAAAGACUAACAUUACAACUAAAUCCAUUCAUAAAGAUAGAGUCAGAAAAAAGACUUUACUCAACCAUGAAGGUUUUUAUUUUGAAACCAUUUGGAUACAUUUGAUCUGUCCAUGUUUUUUUAGCAGCUUGUAAACUCAAACUUGCAAAACUGUUAAUAAAAGUAAACAUUUAUGGCAACAUACAUAGCCUUUACAUACAACCCUAAACCUAAACCUAGGGUUGAAGUAAACAGAGUACCACGGAAUAAAUGUUGAACAUCUAAACAAUUUUAAUUUUAUAUUGUAUUCUGAUUACAAGCGCGAUGACUAGGAGCUGGUCCAAGGCAACCCUGAGACAGCCCUAUCUAUAAACCUAAACUAGCCCAAACUAUAAACCUGAGCCAUCCUUUAUUAUAAUCCUGAGGCAGCCCUAAUAAUAAAUAACUCAACUGGAACAAUGUUAUAGUAGCCUGAGCAAUAAAGAAUGUUUCGUAAUCUAGUUUCGAAGUUAUACAUCAAUAACAUUACAAUAAAAAAGAAGAAUGGAUUUGGGAAGAAAAAUGUUCAGUUCUUUAAAUCUAUUUGACUCCCAGUAGUAAAAAACAAACAGGUUUCUGGCCAAAAUCCACCAGACCAGGGUCACUGUCAUGUAACUCGAUAGUUACAUAGCUAAUAUCCUCCAAACCAUAAUGCAACACUCGGUUUUACUUCAUGAGAAACAUCCAUGCAACACACUGAUGCUCUUGAUGAUUUUCAAUCAAAUUCUCCUCCAUUUCUAGUUAUACCGACAUUAAUAAAUGUGAGUUUGUGCUUUAAGAAGUAAACGUUUCCCUUUAGAAAAGUAUAGGAAGACUCUGACUGUUUGUCUUGGCCGUUGCUAGGUGACCGAACGCUGAAUUUCACAGCCUUCCUGUUAAUGUUUUCUAAAGGGUCAAAGGUCGGAGCGCUAUCGAGCUCUUCUCAAAUGUAUUAUAUUAACUAUUAAUAAAAUAAUGCUAUACAAUAACGUCAUGAUUGAUGGCUUAAUAAUGACAUUAAAACACAUCCCAGAGUUUGAUUUAAAUCGUCGUCUCUUUGAGGUUCAGUGUGUGUGUGUUACACAACGAGCUCUACCGUUCACAUGUGUGUUUUUUGAUCCAUCACUCUUAUCUGCCUCUCCUGCUGCCCCUCCUCCUCCGCACAUUCUGGUCAAUAAAACAGACACCACACCUUUCUGCAGCGUUUAGAUCAGAGUUAGAGAUUGAGUCCACUCAUGGGAGUUGUCCUCCGUCCAAUGUUUUUACAUGAAAUUCAUCCAACAUUCAUAAAAAACAUGCAAAGAAUACAUCCUGGAUCACCUGGUCUGUUAUAAAGAUGCAUCAAAAGUUCCUCACCAGGUGAAACGACAGGAGGAAUCAUCCGUCCUCUAAUAAGACAUCCGGAGGAAGAGAUGAUCUGUCUGUGUUUCCUCUCUGCAGGGCAACUCAACAUGGCGAUGGUCUCCGAGUUCUUGGGUCAGCUGACGCUGUCGUACGGAGCGGAGGUGGAGCCUAAAUUCCCCACCGUGGUGCCGGAACGAGACUUUGACCCGAGCAAAGAUGCUGCAAGGAUCGAGACGGCCAUCAAGACGAAAGGAGUAGACGAGCAGACCAUCAUCGACAUACUGACCCGACGCAGCACAGAGCAGCGCAGGGAGAUCGCCUUCGAGUACGAACGCAUCGCCAAGAAGGAUCUGAUGACGGCCCUGAAGGGGGCGCUGUCCGGCCCUCUCGAAACUCUGAUGCUGGGUCUGAUGAGGAGCACCGCCCAGUACGACGCCUCCGAGCUCAAGGCCUCCAUGAAGGGACUUGGGACUGACGAGGAAACUCUCAUUGAGAUUGUCUGCUCCAGAAACUACAAAGAACUGGAGGAGAUCAAGAAGGUUUACAAAGACAUGUUUAAGAAAGAGGUGGAGAAAGACAUAGCAGGAGACACAUCAGGAGAUUUCGCCAAACUGCUGCUGGCACUGGUUCAGACAAAGAGAGAUGAACCUUCUAAUGUGGUCGACUAUGAGAAGAUUGACGAGGACGCCAGAUCUUUGUAUGAAGCCGGCGUGAAGAGGAAGGGAACUGACGUAGCUACCUGGAUCUCCAUCAUGUCUCAGAGAAGUGUUCCCCAUCUGCAGAAAGUGUUUGAGAGGUAUAAGCGUUACAGUCCCUACGACAUUAAGGAAAGCAUCAGGAAGGAGGUGAAAGGAGACAUGGAGAAGUCCUUCCUCACGCUGGUGGAGUGCUUUGAGAACAGACAGCUGUACUUCGCCAACAAACUCAAUGAUGCCAUGAAGGGUAAAGGAGCAAAGGAGAAGGUAGUGACCAGGAUCAUGGUCUCUCGCUGUGAGGUGGACCUCAUGAAGAUCAGAACAGAGUUCAAGAAGCAGCACAAAAGAUCUUUGUACCAGACCAUCGCUGAGCAGACUAAAGGAGACUACCAGAAUGCUCUGCUUAGCCUGUGCGGAGGAGACGACUGAGAGCUCAUCUCACUGUGGAGUUUCCCAGAAUACUACUGGGUUUGUGAUAACUGCAGUACUAAUGCCUUGUGGUGUUAUCUUCUACAUUAACGCGAUCAGAUGAAUCACUCUGAGGAUAUUCAAGUAGAGAAAUAAAAAACUUCAACUGAC